AUGCACAUCGCCCCUGCGCUGGUCGCGGGCUAUCUGGCCCUCCAGGCGUCAGCUUUCCUUGUGCCCCUCGAAGUGUCAGAAGCCGCACAACAGGCAAAGUCCGAGUUGGCCUCUCUGCUCGCUACUACAGGCCACACCGUCGACCUUGACUGCCCUGGAUGUCCCUACUUUGGUGUUGAAGACACACAACAUCCAGAAGACGAUGUCGAGAACAAAAUACAUCUUGAAUUCGACAUGGACUCCGAACAAGGCCUGACUAUCAAUGGCCUUCCGAUUUUCUCCUCCGACCCUUCCAACGCCGCCAUCCCCUACAUUGUCACUGCGCCCCAGAUUCGGGUGGAAGAUGGUCGAAAAACAGACCCAGUACAACUGGACUUUGCCUGGGAAAGGUUACCACCUAUCACAUCCGCCGACGAGCCCGAUGUAUCAAUCCUCCCCCUCAGGUUCACGAUUCUUGGUCUUCAAGGCUACCCAGUGAAGGUCGACACCAUCGCCAUCGAGCUCCUGCACACUUCCGACCAAACCUCCAUCGCCCGUAUCCUCAGUAUUCCCUUUGAAGACACCCCGGGCGCCCAAACGUGCGACACAACUUCCAAAUGGUCUCUCUGCCGUCUUCGGGCCAUCAUCGUCGCCCGAUUGCAAGCAAUCAUGGAAGCCGCAAAAGCACGUGCCUCCUCUGCAACAAAGGCCUGGAGUAGCGCAAACAACAGCGAGGAUCAACCCAAGGACAAAGGAUGUGGACGUGGCCGCGGCAAGGGACCAGGCAUGUUCGGUGGCCGUCCUCCCCACGGUUUUGGGGGACCUCAUGGUGGUCCGCAUCGCGGUCCUCCUAACGGGUUCCAUGGCCCUCCUCAUCGUGGUCCCCAUGGUCUUCACGGCCCACACGGCCCUCACGGCCCUCACCAUCACGGCCCUCACCAUCACGGCCAGCAUUUUGCCCAUCACCGCUUCCACCGCUUCGGCCAUAUGCUGCACCAAACGCUCCGGUUCUUCGUCAUCCCUGCGAUCCUCGGCGUCAUCGGUGGCCUCAUGGCCAGUGCGAUCGGAAUGCUCGUUGGUCAAUGCAUCUCGUACCUGUGGAUCCGAUUCCACCGGGGCGGAGUGCGUGGGAAUGCCACCGGACGGGACAUCCGUGUCGUGGAGAUUGUGCUUGACGAGGAAGAGAAGGACGCGUUGAUCAUCGACGAAGAGGCGAUAGACACGCCGCCCGAGUAUACAGACGUCGAAGCACAUACUGUCGACGAGAAGCAGUAA